CGGUCGCGCCUCCCUGACACUCAUUGCCUGCACUCUGCGCGUCAUCGCAGGCUCUGGGUCUAACGCGACUCUGCCGGACGCGUCUACUCCCGCCAUCACGCGGCUGUCUGCGCCAUCUGCCGCUGCCGCCCAACAUCACUUCAUUAGGUGGCCAAUUCUGAUUCGUCAUUCGCUACCAAAUCAGAUCAUCAGUCGCCUGUUGCAAGUCUAGGGUUGCGCCUGCCUCUGCGUCUCCACGAAUCGCUAUGUCGCAACACUAUCAAGACAGCUCGCGUCUGCGGAAAGCUCCACGGGUGAACAAGUGGCAAGAAGAGCGACAGAAGGAAGAUGAUCUGAUAGCCCCAGUUGGCGUUUCUGGAUCCACUCACCAUCUCGAACGGUGGGUUUUAGUGACGGCGGAUAUGCCACAACAGCCAACCAAGAAAGCCAAAUCGCGAGAAAUCGAGGAAGAAACCCAGGAGCGCAUUCGAAGAAGAUAUUAUUUUCCGAGACGUCUUUGGCCGACGACUUCGCAAGGCGACCCUGAACCUGUGGAUGAGCGCACCAUGGUUCAUUCCACAAGCGACGAUGCGCAACCAAAAGCUCCGAGCCCCACGACUACCAAGAAGCGCCACCGCUCACCGUCUCCGGCUCGAGACAGCUUACGCACCCAUCUCAGUACUGUAAGCUACGUCCAGACUAUUAAGCGACGUCGUUCAAAGUCGCCAUCGCCGAGGAGGUCUGCUUACUCUGCCUUCAGCACCCAAACGUAUGGCGCAAGAGCGCUCAGUACAGCAGGGUCUGACGAAGAGUACGACUACUACCAGUCAAGUGAAUGGAGCUUCCCAAGCAGCGAUGAAGAAGACGAAGAGAUGACAUGAGGGCUCAUUGGCUCAGGCAGGCAAGACUGCGGCCAGUAGGAGGACGUCCGGCUUCCCGUCGCUAGGUCCCAGAAGGAGGCAUUAACUCGAACAACUUGAACUCAAAAGAGGUCACUGCCAAUAGUACGUUGCGCGCACGCUCACUAUACUGGGUUUUACAUCAGCGCUAACCAUCGGUGGCACCAGACAUAG